CUCCCAUCGCUCCAAAAUGUCCCUGGUGUGUUUGUCGGACUUCGAAGCGUAUGCCAAGAAACAUCUCCCCAAGGUCACUUGGGAGUAUUUGGCAGCUGGGGCGGAUGACUCGUGUACCCGAGAUGACAACCUCAGGGCAUACAAAAGAAUCCGACUGAGGCCCUGCUUGCUGCACGACGUGUCCAUGAUAGACACCAAGACGACGAUCCUUGGCACGGAGAUCAGCUUCCCUGUCGGGAUUGCUCCCACGGGUUUUCACAGGCUGGCUUGGCCCAGUGGAGAGCUGAGCACAGCCAAAGCGGCGGAAGCCAUGAACACCUGUUACAUUGCCAGCACUUACGCCACUUGCUCGAUGGAAGAGAUAGUUGCUGCAGCCCCCGGAGGCUUCCGAUGGUUCCAGCUUUACAUUCACCGGCAGAGGUCAGCCUCGGUGCAGCUGGUGAGACGGGCAGAGGCCUUGGGCUUCCAGGCUGUGGUGCUGACGGUGGACGUGCCUUACCCUGGUAAGAGACGGGACGACAUCCGCAACAACUUCCAACUCCCGCAGCACAUGUCGGUCAAGAACUUUGAAGGCAUCUUUGAGGACCAGGAUCGCUCAGAGUACGGCCUGCCUGCAAAUUCCAUGGAGCCCAACCUUAGCUGGGAGGACGUCCGCUGGCUCCAGGGCUUGACCCACCUGCCCAUCGUCCUCAAGGGAAUCCUGACGAAGGAAGACACAGAGCUGGCUGUGAGACACGGAGUCCAAGGAAUCAUUGUCUCCAACCAUGGCGGGAGGCAGCUGGACGGGGUCCCAGCGAGCAUCGAUGCCCUGGUGGAAAUUAAAGAGGCGGUGCGAGACAAGGUUGAAAUUUAUUUGGACGGUGGGGUACGGACCGGGACCGAUGUGUUGAAAGCUCUGGCCCUCGGAGCCAAGUGUGUCUUCAUCGGAAGGCCCGCCUUAUGGGGUCUCACCUAUAAGGGCGAAGAGGGACUUCAAGAAUUGCUGCAGAUUUUGAAAGACGAAUUUCGCUUGUCCAUGGCUCUGACUGGCUGUCGCAACGUCUCCGAAAUUGGCCGGCACUUGGUGCAGUUCCCCAGACUGUAGCAGCUCUUCCUGCAGCGCUCAGCAGAUCCAUCUAAUUA